AAAAAGGAAAAAUGAUCAAAACGGGAAGAAGAUCGUGUGGGCAGAAGGAAGACGCGUUGUUGUUGUUGUGGUUGCAUGAUGGAAGAAGAGAGCAGUUACCAUGCCACAGCUGAUUCUCACACGAGCGCCCGCAUCAAGCUCAACGUAGGUGGAAAGCUCUUCGACACUACCAUUUCAACCUUGCGCUCCGGCGGUCCAGACUCGCUUCUCUUCGCCCUCUCCAACCGCCGCUCCAACGACCCCAACCCGGUUUUCAUAGACCGCGACCCCGAAAUAUUCUCUGUCCUCCUCUCUCUCCUCCGCACCAACCACCUUCCCUCCACGGCGCACCGCUUCACCAAACAAGAACUCGCCGACGAGGCUCUCUUCUACGGCAUCGACUCCCACCUCCGCUCCGCCACCGCUCCACCAUCGUUCUCCGGCAUUGACGCUGCCGUCGUCGGCUCCGUCCGUCCGGCAUCCGAAGGUCUCCCGUCCACCUUCUCCGCCGCCAACAACGGCGCCGUCUGGAUCGCCCACGGCGGUCAGAUCUCUAGCUACGACCACAACCUCAUCCAUGCCGGCACCAUCCGCACGCAUCUAGACGAGAUCGACUCGAUCUGCAGGGUAUGGCCAGAGAUCGCCGCUGUCGGAUCGGAAUCCGACGCUGGACUCCACUUCUACAACUUCUCCGGCAGUCGCCACGUCGGAUCGAUCCAUUGGAGCGAUCCUUCAGAUCCUCGGAUUUUCAAGGCGUGCGUCAACGCCGUAACCGCUUCGGAAAGUUUCGUGUACGCUUCGUUCGAUUGCCCGCACAAGGAGAAUUGCAUCCUCCAGGUGGAUAAGGAGAAGCUUCAGAUCGUGUCGCAGUUUGCUCGGCAAUCGGGGAACCAGGCGAAAAACAUGGUUCCCGGGAAGCUGACGUGGAUUCCGGAGACCGGAAUUCUCCUCGGAAGCGCGGUGACUGGCGGGGCGUUUGGAUACUCCGGUUAUGUACGGUUGUGGGACUGGAGGUCCGGCGAAGUUGUUUGGGAGACGAACGAGCCUGGUUCAGGACGGAGUAGUAGGUUCGGGGAUUCGUUUGCGGAUGUGGAUGCUGACGUGGAAGGGUUGUUAUUAUUCAAGCUGUGUUCUAAGUCUGGGGAUUUGGCUAUGGCUGAUAUGCGGUUUUUGAAGGAUGAUCCUUGGAUUUAUUUGAAGGAGAAGAAUCCUAGCUUGGUGAGUUAUAGUGGAGAGGGGAAACAGAGUUUGUUGCAUUGUUAUAUGGGGCAAGUGUUUGUGGCUAGAGAUGGAGAGUUAGAGGUCUGGUCAAGGGUGCAUGAGGGGAAAAGUGAGCGCGUUGGUGUUGCAACUGAAAGUGAUGCUGAAUGGUUUUAUAGGAGGAAUUUUGUGGAUAAGAGAGAGGAUUCCGAGAGAGGAAUUAUAAAGAAGAUUGAAGGUGGUGGGAAUAGGUUGUUUGUUAGUAGAGAAGAUAUUGAAGGAAUUCAAGUGUGGGAGAGCUCUCUUUCUUCUGGGGCCAUUUCCGUUUUGUGAAACAGGAAUGGGCAGAGCUUUACUUAGGUCCAUUGGAUGGAGAUUUCCCAGAAGUGAUAGAGGAGUACUUGGAACAUGGCUGUAUGAAAUGUAAUGCCUUCAAUCGUUGUGGUACCCUUCUUGCUGGUAAGUGUUAACCUUUCUCGUUUGGUGUGGCGCUCUUUCUCUUUUGAUGCACGCAAUUUUAUGCCGCAAAGUUUUUGUCUUUUGAUUUUGUGUAGUCAUGUUUGUGCUAAUAAUUUGGUUUUAGAAAAUGGGGUGUGGUAAAAACUGAUUUUUAUGCUUUUAUCGAUUUUAAUGUUGAAGUAGCAACCUUUAGUGACUAAAUCCCUUUUUCCAUGAAGACCCAGCUAAGAAAAGGGCGUUGUUUUUACAUGGAUUGUGUAUAUAGGGUGUUUCUGGCAGUUUUCAGUGUGGGGUUUAUGUGGAAUUUUAGGGUUCUAGCAUGCUAAGUUUAAAUUUUGAAAAAAUUCUGAUUUUUUAUUUUACUUCGACGUUUUUCUUUCCUUUUGGGAUAAGAUUUCAAGAGAAAAUAUUACAAAUGGAUUUCUUUCUGAUUUUUCUGGGUGCUUCGUUUCUUGAAGCAUCAAUUGUUUCCAUGCCGUGUGCUAUUUGUUCAAAUUUGGGUUGGGUAAAUAUUGUAGCAACAUAUUGUUGAACUGUUAUGAAAUGUUUACUGGAGUCAUUCUACGGUAUCAAUUUUCUCAGUUUUGCUCUUGAUUUGCUCAACUGAAUCAGCUAGGUGCAAUGAUGGAAAUUGUGUUAUUUGGGAUUUUGAAACCAGGGGCAUUGCUAAAAUGCUUCUCGAUGAUGAGUGUUCUUCUCCCAUAACCAGUAUCUGUUAGACAAAGUAUGGCGAUCGAAUUCUUGUAUCUGCUGCUGAUAAAUCGUUGAUAUUGUGUGAAGUUAUGAGUGGUAAGAAGAUAACACAUAGUUUUGCAACAAACCCCACUACAAGCUUGCCUUCAUCCGUGAUCCUCAACCCCAACUAUCUGCUGAGCAUGUCCUUUCUCGUGCUCCUAUUAUUCUCGUCACAAUGAAACAAGAAGAAAAAAAUUUAUUUACUGACCAAUUUGUACUAUAUAUUGAUUGUCUUUCACAUCAAUUCAUGCACAAGAAAAUCAUUUAGAGUGACAGUUUUUUACUUAUCUUCAAUGGAUAUUAGAUUAGUAUGUAGACUACUGUUUAAGCCCAAAAUAGAUAAUUUAUUUAGC